CUCUAACCUGCCCAACCUCCCGCCGAUGUGACAAUGCAGAAUCAGCAUGUCGAACUCUGACGCCCCGACAGUGGAAGGUACGAAGACUCCCACGUACAAUCGCUUGUUCAACGCGCCCGACGCCGAUCUGACAGUCCGCUCGUCGGAUGGUCAGCUCUUCCGCGUGCACAGGCGGAACCUCUACGAGCAUACGGAGGGCUUCCCGGGAGAAGAUAUCACGGUCAACACGGACGAGGAGAUCGUCUCCUUGACUGAGUCGGCUUCAACACUGGAACUGCUCUUUCAGUUCAUGUAUCGACAGGAACAACCGGAUGUGCGGCAGCUACAAAGCACUGAGCUUUUUGACCUAGCGGAAGCCGUGGAGAAGUACAGGGUCUUCCCAGCCUUGCAGGUGUGCAACAUGGCUAUGGCCGCGGCGGUCCCCGUAGCUCCGGUGACAGUUCUUAUGUAUGCACUACGACAUAAUCACCCGGCGUUGUGUAACGCAGCAGCGUCCGAGGUUCGCGGUUCAGGCAGUGUUGGCAUCAUAUCCCUGGAUGAAGCAUUCCUUGGUUCCUGGCUUGCUUACUGCUCGGUGUUCAAGGAAGCUCUCAAGAAUGCUCGUCAAGCACCAGGCCUGGUGGUGCAUAAAGGAGGCCGCAAGAAAUGCGACACGUGGAAAGCGUUCCAGUUGAGAAUGGACGGAUCGAUCGAGUCGUUGUGCAGGCAGGACGACAUUCGCUUUCAGGAGACAUUCGCAUGGCUCGAGAGGCUAACAGAUGAUUGUUAUCAGUGUUAUACCCGUGCUCGCCAGUGGAGAAAAGUGAUAGUCCGGUCGCGACGCGAAGUCCAGCGGGAGUUCACUAGCUUUCUCUAGUACUUGUUCGCAUGCUGCGAUCACGUAGCUAGCAGUUCACCAGAGCCUCACGCGUCAUACAAGGCCUGGUUAUGAC